AAAAUGAGGCUAAUGAUGUCUAUCUUCUGUCCUUGUUAUAAAGGUGACCUGAAAAACGGUGGCUGUACUUUCGAUGACGGUCCUGGGGCCUGUGAUUACCACCAGGAUCUCUAUGAUGACUUCGAGUGGGUUCAUGUUAGUGCUCAAGAACCCCAUUAUCUGCCCCCAGAAAUGCCUCAAGGCUCCUAUAUGGUAGUGGACUCCUCACUUCAUGACCCUGGAGAAAAAGCCCGACUGCAGCUGCCUACGAUGAAGGAGAACGACACUCACUGCAUUGAUUUCAGUUACCUGUUAUACAGCCAGAAAGGGCUGAAUCCUGGCACGCUGAACAUAUUAGUCAGGGUGAAUAAAGGACCUCUUGCUAAUCCAAUUUGGAAUGUGACUGGACUCACGGGGAGAGACUGGCUUAGGGCUGAGCUGGCAGUGAGCACCUUUUGGCCGAAUGAAUACCAGGUAAUAUUUGAAGCUGAAGUCUCAGGAGGACGAAGUGGUUACAUUGCCAUCGAUGACAUCCAAGUAUUGAGUUACCCUUGUGACAAAUCCCCUCAUUUCCUUCGCCUAGGGGAUGUAGAGGUCAACGCAGGGCAGAACGCCACAUUUCAGUGCAUUGCCACGGGGAGGGAUGCGGUGCACAACAAGUUAUGGCUGCAGAGACGAAAUGGAGAAGAUAUACCUGUAGCCCAAACUAAGAACAUCAAUCACAGAAGAUUUGCUGCUUCCUUUAGAUUGCAAGAAGUGACAAAAGCUGACCAGGAUUUGUACCGGUGUGUCACACAGUCAGAGCGAGGUUCUGGUGUGUCCAAUUUUGCUCAACUUAUUGUGAGAGAGCCACCGAGACCCAUUGCUCCCCCGCAGCUGCUCGGCGUUGGGCCUACGUAUUUGCUCAUUCAGCUGAAUGCCAACUCUAUCAUCGGCGAUGGGCCCAUUAUCCUGAAAGAAGUGGAAUAUCGGAUGACGUCAGGAUCCUGGACAGAAACGCACGCGGUCAAUGCUCCCACUUACAAACUAUGGCAUUUAGAUCCAGACACCGAGUACGAGAUCCGCGUCCUACUGACGAGACCCGGGGAAGGUGGAACAGGGCUGCCAGGACCUCCUCUCAUCACCAGGACCAAAUGUGCGGAACCUAUGAGAACGCCAAAGACUUUAAAGAUAGCCGAAAUCCAGGCAAGACGCAUUGCCGUGGACUGGGAGUCCUUGGGUUACAACAUUACUCGCUGCCACACCUUCAAUGUCACCAUCUGCUACCAUUACUUCAGGGGUCACAAUGAGAGCCAGGCAGACUGCCUGGACAUGGACCCCAAGGCCCCUCAGCACGUCGUGAGCCACCUGCCACCUUACACAAACGUCAGCCUCAAGAUGAUCCUGACCAAUCCGGAAGGAAGGAAGGAGAGCGAAGAGACCAUUAUUCAAACCGACGAAGACGUGCCUGGCCCUGUCCCAGUCAAAUCUCUGCAAGGAACGUCCUUUGAGAACAAGAUCUUCUUGAACUGGAAAGAACCACUGGAUCCCAACGGAAUCAUCACUCAGUAUGAGGUCAGCUAUAGCAGUAUAAGAUCCUUCGACCCCGCGGUGCCGGUGGCCGGCCCUCCCCAGACGGUAUCUAACCUGUGGAAUAGCACGCACCACGUCUUCAUGCAUCUCCACCCGGGGACCACCUACCAGUUUUUCAUCAGAGCCAGCACGGUCAAGGGCUUUGGGCCAGCCACGGCCAUCAACGUGACCACCAACAUCUCAGCCCCAACUUUACCUGACUAUGAAGGAGUUGAUGCAUCUCUUAAUGAAACCGCAACGACAAUAACCGUGCUGCUGAGACCAGCGCAAGCCAAAGGCGCACCCAUCAGCGCGUAUCAAAUUGUCGUGGAGGAGCUGCACCCUCAUAGGACCAAGCGGGAGGCCGGGGCCAUGGAGUGCUACCAGGUCCCUGUCACCUACCAGAGUUCCGUGAGCGGGGGCUCCCCCUAUUACUUUGCCGCCGAGCUGCCCCCCGGGAAUCUCCCCGAACCUGCCCCCUUCACGGUGGGCGACAACAGGACCUACCAAGGCUUCUGGAACCCACCCCUGGCGCCCCGGAAGGGCUACAACAUCUACUUCCAGGCCAUGAGCAGCGUGGAGAAGGAAACUAAAACCCAGUGUGUGAGAAUUGCUACAAAAGCAGCAGCAACAGAAGAACCAGAAGUGAUCCCAGAUCCAGCCAAGCAGACAGACAGAGUAGUGAAAAUAGCAGGGAUCAGCGCUGGAAUUCUGGUCUUCAUCCUCCUCCUCCUCCUCGUCAUAUUAAUUGUGAAAAAGAGAUAUAUAUGUUGGAGAAGACACAUCUGCAUUAGAAACAUUAGGAGGAGCUACUAUUCUUACUCCUACUACCUUAAGCUUGCUAAGAAGCGCAAAGACGCGAUGGGCAACACUCGGCAGGAGAUGACUCACAUGGUGAAUGCUAUGGACCGGAGCUAUGCGGACCAGAGCACGCUGCACGCCGAAGACCCUCUGUCCAUCACCUUCAUGGACCAGCAUAACUUCAGUCCAAGAUUGCCCAAUGAUCCUCUCGUGCCGACUGCUGUGUUAGUCCCUAUAACUGACGAAAACCACAGUGCCACAGCAGAGUCCAGUCGGCUCCUGGACGUACCUCGCUACCUCUGCGAGGGGACAGAGUCCCCAUACCAGACGGGCCAGCUGCACCCAGCCAUCAGAGUGGCGGAUCUACUACAGCACAUUAACCUCAUGAAGACGUCAGACAGCUAUGGAUUCAAGGAGGAGUAUGAGAGCUUCUUUGAAGGUCAGUCAGCAUCGUGGGAUGUAGCUAAAAAAGAUCAAAACAGAGCAAAAAACCGAUAUGGAAACAUUAUAGCGUAUGAUCACUCCAGAGUAAUUUUGCAACCUGUUGAGGAUGAUCCUUCUUCAGACUACAUCAAUGCCAACUACAUAGACAUUUGGCUGUACAGGGAUGGCUACCAGAGACCAAGUCACUACAUUGCAACCCAAGGCCCCGUUCACGAAACUGUGUACGAUUUCUGGAGAAUGGUGUGGCAAGAGCAGUCUGCCUGCAUUGUAAUGGUCACCAAUUUAGUAGAGGUGGGCCGGGUCAAGUGCUACAAAUACUGGCCGGAUGAUACUGAAGUUUAUGGUGACUUCAAAGUAAGCUGUGUAGAAAUGGAACCACUUGCGGAAUAUGUAGUAAGAACAUUCACUCUGGAAAGGAGGGGAUACAACGAAAUCCGUGAAGUGAAGCAGUUCCACUUCACAGGCUGGCCUGACCACGGAGUGCCUUACCACGCCACCGGCCUCCUGUCCUUCAUCCGCAGAGUCAAGUUAUCCAACCCUCCCAGUGCAGGGCCUAUUGUUGUGCACUGCAGCGCUGGUGCCGGGCGGACAGGCUGUUACAUCGUCAUUGACAUCAUGCUGGACAUGGCAGAAAGGGAGGGCGUGGUGGACAUCUACAACUGCGUCAAGGCCCUGAGAUCGCGACGAAUCAAUAUGGUCCAGACAGAAGAGCAGUACAUUUUUAUUCAUGACGCCAUUUUGGAAGCAUGCUUGUGUGGAGAAACUGCCAUUCCCGUCUGCGAAUUUAAGGCUGCAUAUUUUGAUAUGAUCAGAAUAGACUCCCAGACUAAUUCUUCACACCUCAAAGAUGAAUUUCAGACUCUGAAUUCAGUCACGCCUCGACUACAAGCCGAAGACUGCAGUAUAGCCUGUCUGCCAAGGAAUCAUGACAAGAACCGUUUCAUGGACAUGCUGCCACCUGACAGAUGUCUGCCUUUCCUGAUUACCAUCGACGGGGAGAGCAGCAACUACAUCAAUGCCGCUCUUAUGGAUAGCUACAGGCAACCAGCCGCUUUCAUUGUCACACAGUACCCACUGCCGAACACUGUGAAAGACUUCUGGAGAUUGGUGUACGACUACGGCUGUACCUCCAUUGUGAUGUUAAAUGAAGUCGACUUGUCCCAGGGCUGCCCUCAGUACUGGCCAGAAGAAGGGAUGCUCCGCUAUGGCCCGAUCCAAGUGGAGUGCAUGUCUUGUUCGAUGGACUGUGAUGUCAUCAGCCGGAUUUUCAGGAUAUGCAAUCUAACCAGACCCCAGGAAGGUUAUCUGAUGGUGCAGCAGUUUCAGUACUUAGGGUGGGCUUCUCAUCGAGAAGUGCCGGGCUCCAAACGGUCCUUUCUCAAACUGAUCCUGCAAGUGGAAAAGUGGCAGGAGGAGUGUGAAGAAGGAGAAGGACGGACCGUCAUCCACUGCCUAAACGGUGGUGGACGGAGCGGCAUGUUCUGUGCCAUAGGCAUCGUUGUUGAAAUGGUGAAACGGCAGAAUGUUGUUGAUGUUUUCCACGCAGUAAAGACCCUGCGGAACAGCAAGCCAAACAUGGUAGAGGCCCCGGAGCAGUACCGCUUCUGCUAUGACGUAGCCUUGGAGUACCUGGAGUCGUCGUAGCUGGGUGAGGUUUUCCACAGUGCGUUCACUUGGAAGCCACUUCGUCUGUUGGGCCAGCCACAGUUGGACCUGUUACACCUUUGCAGAAAGAUUUUAAUGCGGGGGGUGGGAAGCUUUUACAUUUGAGAGGUGAAAGUAUUUUUCUUAUGAAAUUGUGUAUCUGAAUAAAAAGGAUGUGAUGA